UUCUUCCGUCGUCGCAAAACCUAAUCCAGUUGCAUGAUUUCUGUGACAAGGGCGAAGGGGCUGGUCGCCAUGACUAUGCGCAGGCUCCUCACGUCCGCCAGCUUCGCCUUCUCUGCCGCACCUCAAUUGGGUCAUUCCGAGAAUUGGCUGAAGAAGACGACCACGACUACGAGGCUUGGCGAGAUCGAUUAAGAAUCCGGCAUUCCUGGAGCACAUCUCAAGCGUAAGGCGAGAGAGAGUUUCUGUGCUUGCGUUAGAUUCGGAACUGACUUCUCUGUUUUCGUGGCUGUUUUAUUCACAAUUCACCGUGAAGAAUUACGUUCGAAUUUUCAUAUUUGUAACCUUGACUGUCGCUUAUGCCUUAAUUCUUACCAGUCCUGCAUUCUCCUUCAUGCUUCCAUUUCCUAGCUCUGUUCAAGUUCCUGCUCCGGGAUUUUUUCCUUGUGUGGGGUCGCUGUACAGUUAUGUUCUAGUUUAAGUUUUGGCCAGAUUUAUGGUUUAAAUGUAAGAGAAAUUAUCGCCUUACAUACCUGAGUUAAAAUGGAAUUUAGGGAAAAUGACAGGUUAUUAUCUAUUAUCCUUCCCUGUUGUACAACACAAUCAGGGCUUGAAUCAUCGAGAUGGAAACUCAGCUUUGGAUCCGUUAUCAAAGAAAAAAGAGUCCGUUGUGUGCGUCUCUUUAAGUUGACCGGCGCUUGGCCUUUGAAUGUUGUUGUGAGGAGUAUUGCUCCGAAUCGCUUUGUUGAUAAUUUGAUACGAGAGAUUCCCAUGAUGCUGUACAUCAGCAGGAGAUCCUUAUCACAGUGUGGGUGCAGCUUCUAUGAAUUUCAACUCGAAGGAAAUGGCGGUGGAGUUUGCUGAGAAGUAUGGCUGGGAAUGUUCAGUGAGCUAUUUUGGUCGUCACCUCCUUUUGUAAUCCAGGGCAACAUGCAUGGGAUGAGUUUCAGGGUUCAGUAUGCUCACAUCAAGACAGGCUACUAAUUGUUUCUCAAGUCUGUGAGGGUUCACUAUUCCUCCCGCAUUCCCUUCUAAAGAUCUUUCUCUUGCUUUACAUGUUAUUUGUACUCCAUCACGGAUUUCGAAGCCUUCGUUUGUUUCGGUGUGGAUUUGGCACAGGUUGAGCACGUUUCCACACAUGACAAUCUCAUUAGCUCUUGUGCAAGUUCACCCCUUCAAUGUUGAGAUAAAUUAGACUAUUGGGGGUCUUGUUGGAACAUAUUUUUCGUGGAUUGUAUUGCAGGUUCGAGAGCCUCACCACUCGGUAAUUAAGCCAAAUGCACAUCCCGACAAUUCCAAAUAGAAAGGCCCAGCCCUGGAGUGCGAUUAGGUUUAAAUGUCUAUGUAUCGAUUUCAAUUAAGGUCUUAUUUAGCACCUCGGAUUUUACGAUUCGGAGAGGUUUAACUAUUAAAACCACAGCAUUUUUUUUGUCCAGUAGAGGAAUUAAAAGCAAGUUUACUGCCUAUAGUGUCUGCUAUGCGGAUAUACUUGAAGUUCUUCGUUUAGUCGAUGUGUGCUAUCCAAAAUGGUAGCAACUCAAAAGUCUUUUGUAGGACCUCAAGAAUCUGACUUUGUGGAAAGAUGUGCCACUGUACUUUACAUGUUGGGGACUAAACCACAUGAUUGAAGGAUAUAAUUGAAGGGCCAUGUGAUUGAUGACGUGGUUGGAUUACUCUUGGAUUCACUAGCUGUCUGAAGUGAAAUCUCCCCAAUUGCAAUAAGCAUUUUCCUUAAUGAGUUUGAUCGAUGGCAUUGUAUUCUGCUCCUGUCUUUUGUACUGUAUCAGACGUUAGAGGGUGACGAAUUUCGGGUGGAAACGACCUUUUGAUUGAUGACAUCCAGACAUCCAAACUGUGCGUCUCCACUGAAGUACAUGGCUAGUCGAUUUAUGCGCUGCAUUACGGCAUAACCAUCUUAAACUAAGUAUUUAGAAUGCCACUCUCACCGAAAUGUUUCUGUUCUUCAACCAUUGUGAGAUGUUGGUGUGGUUGAUUUCUGAUUCACAACUUUUAAAUGCAACUUUUCUAAUUCUGAUCGUUGACCAUGGAUUCAUUUGUGCACCAUCUUAUCGCUGUAACAACAGCUGUCUAGGUGCUCGAGGUCCAGACCUGCUCUUCAUCUUUCAUUCUUUCUGUUAGCUGUUGCAACGCAUGCAAGUGGAAAAUCCAAGAUGAGGUUUAUGUAGUUCUGCUACUCGUAUUAACACCCUUUGAACAUUCGUGAAGUGGAAAUGUAGCAACAGUUGAGAAAUUAGGGUUUCCUCAAAAUCGCCCAUGUAUAUCCCUGUAGGAUGAACAACAUAAUUAAAAACCAGGUUUCCAUGUUCCAAAACGGUCUUCAGCAGAACUUCACUACACGCUGAUGUAUCCAAAUUAGGCUAAAAUUUGCUCGAGGUAUUUAAAAAAAAGCCCCAACAAUGGUGUCGUGUGUCCAGUUCGAAUCGGUAUUUUUGGUGUUCGGAACUCAAAGCGGCAGUCUAUUUAUGUAUUACAUUGGCGACAACUCUCCCACGUUUAUUGAAGAGCUGGUUCAUUCAGAAGGUGGCAUCACGAGAAUAUGGGUGAACAAACUAGGCACUCGAAUAAUCUUCGAGGAUGAGAGACACGUCGUAUAUUUCUACAACCCACUUAAACAUCAGAUUCAGCAGAUUUCAGCUUCCUCGGGGCAGAUGGAGGAAGCGAACUGGAACCACUGGGACCCACAUAUCUUUUCCUUAACAAAACCUGCAUCGAACCAUGCUUAUCUUUACACUUCUGUCACCAAAGGGGUCAAAAAGUUGCCUCAUUCUGUUGAACAGCUUAGUCUGGCAGCUAAUGUUGUGGUGUCCAAGGAGUGCCCUAUUGAACAAACAAAAGCAAAGGCCAUGUUUGAAGAUAACUUGAGCAUGGCUUACUUUGACAAAGCUUGGAUUAUUGCUACAAUGAUGAAGGACAAUAUGAUAUGGGAAACAUUGGCAGGGAUGGCUUUGAAGCAUUUGGAGCUUCAAAUGGCAAUGAAAGCAUGUGAAGAAUCAAAGAAUGUUGUGAAUUUAUCAAGAUUACACCACAUGGAAGAUGUUGAAGACAAAAAUUUAUUGUCAGCUAAAGUGUUGAAACUGUUGCAUGAGUACACAGAUGCAUUUAAAUGUUAUAAAAAAUCAUUACAAAAUGAAUGUGCUUGCAAGUUAUUGUGCCAUCUUCAAAACUGGAAUCAGGUGGUGGACACCAUUCAAGCAGAUCCAAGUUUUUCUUCUAGCUUGCCUACAAUCUAUGGCCAUUUUUUGGAAGUCCAUGAUAAAAAACAAUUAGCCUUUUCAAGCUAUGAAAAAAAGUUGAAUUGUUGUGAUACAAAACCAACUCAAAAAACUUUUGCACAAAUUGGCAUAACCCGGCUAUCCAUUCAAUUUGGAGAUUUAUGGAAGGGUCGUCAAAUGGCAAUAACUUGCAAUGAUUCCAUGUUGUUUUGUGAUUGUGCCAUGGUUUUAAAUAAAUUCAACCUAUACCAAGAUGCUGCAGAAUUCUAUGAGCUUGGGCAUCAUUUCCAUGUGGCUCUUAUGAUUUAUAUUGGACUUAAAAAAAUUAAUAAAAUUGUCCAAAAUUUUCAAAGAAUAUUUAGUCCAAAGUUUUUAAUUGAUUAUGCAAAGUAUUUGGAAGAUAAUGAAAAAUUUGAAGAAGCUUGUACAUUUUUUGAACAAGCUGAGGAUUUUGUAAAUAUGAUUCAAAUACAAUUGCAACAUUUAAGGAACCCAACAAAAGCAUUUGCAAUAUUACGCAAGGUAAAGAGUAGUGAAGGAGCUGCUAUGGUUACAUUGUUUUGUAAAAACUCUGGUAACUAUGAAGGUGCAAUAGAAUUUUUAAUCAUGCAAAAAAAAGUUGAAGAAGCCAAUGUGUUGGCAAAGCAGCAUGGAUUGGUGAAUGAAUACUUUGAUUUGGUGAAAGAUGUUGCAAGUAAUGAGGAGUGUUGCAUGCUGGCCAAGUAUUAUGAGUCUAUUGGAGUGUUAGAUAAAGCUUCAACCAUGUUUUAUAAAUGUGGAGACUAUGCACAAGCUCUUGGUUUGCUAUUACAAUUGGGAACCCACAAAGCCAUGGAAACUGCCAUUGACAUGGUAGGAGAGCUUAAGCAAGACAAGUUGACCAACCAAUUACUUGAUUAUUUUAUGGGAGAAAUAGAUCAAAGGGGACUUAAAGGACCACAAUAUAUGUUCUCUCUUCAUAUAGUUUUGGGCAAUUAUGAACAAGCCACAAGGGCUGCUUCCCAAAUUGCCACUCAAGAACAAGAUAUGGGAAACUACAAAGUUGCACAUCAACAACUGCAGAAAUUUUGCAAAAUCUUACGAUCAGAAGCAAAAUAUGUGCCGUCCAACUUGUUAAAUCAACUAAUGCUAUUGCAUUCUUACAUCUUAGUGAAGACUUGGAUUUGCUUGGGUGAUCACAGGUCAAGUGCACGAAUGUUGAUACGUGUUGCUCAAAACAUUGAUAAGUUCCCCGCACAUACCAAUCCAAUAUUAAUAUCAACAGUGAUAGAAUGCCAAAGAGCCGGAUUGAAGACAACCGCAUAUUCCUAUGCAUCUAAGUUGUUACGACAAGAGCAUAGGGAACCAAUCUCCCAUGAGCAUAAAAGAAUUUUGGCAAAUAUUGUCCGCAAGUGUGAAGAUGUAGAUGAAAAUGAGCCCCUUUCUCCAUGCCCAUAUUGCCAAUUUGAAAUACCAGAAACACAACUUGAUUGUGUGGCAUGUGGAACUACCAUUCCGUUCUGUAUAGCCACGGGAAGACAUAUGAUGCAAGGAAAUUGGACUCAAUGCCCAUCCUGCAAAUUUCCAGCUUUGAUGAAUGAAUUUCUCAAGGUGAUUGAGGUUGAGAAAGUAUGUCCCAUGUGCUUGGCAAUGGUGAAUGUUGAUGAAGUGCACCAGAUUCUGGAGCCACUGCUUGAUGCACCACCACUAAAACUUCUUUCAUAAUAUGAAGCUCAGUCACCUUAAAAAUAUAAAUCCACAGCAAGUUUUGGGUGUAUCACAUCCAUAAAAAUAAGUUGUUUAAUGAUUUGUUGGAGUUUUUAUGGAUUCUGUCCAUAAUUCAAACAAAUCAUGACACUAUUUUCAUUAUUUCCAAAUUUUCAAAUUAGUGCGUAAAUAUGUAUAUUUAAUUUUUUUGACAAAUGUGAAGAUGAUGUGAAGAUGAAGUACUUGUGCUAAAAGUCUGAUCCUGCAUAUUCUUGACAGUUCACCAGAUUGGCAUUUAUAUGCUUUUAGUUUUAUACAAGUAUGCUAUUCUUUGAUACUUGUUUUAAUUUAGAUUCUUGCAAUCUGCAUUUCUAGUGUUAAAAAAACCAAGAAAUUUACGAUUCAACGUAUUUUCGUAA